AUGCAACCGUACGCUCAACUCUUUUGGCAGAAAGAACAGAUCAAAACCCACCGCGAGAAGGCGACUAAGAGCUCUACCAAACAUGAGCUGGAUGUGAUCCUGGAAUUCAUCGAGAACAAUCCGGACCUUGAACGCAUCCAAUCCGAAUACAGCAAACAUGAGUCUCAGAAGAUGAUCACGUCGGAUAUCACCUGGACACUGUUCCCGCCUGGUACCCUGGCUGUGGUCAACAUGUCCCAGAUGCCAGCCCAGUGCAUAAAAGUUACCAGUUGUAACUACAACGGCAAGAGCAAGGUCUUGGAACUGAGGUUCUUGAUCUUCCAGUUCAAUGGGCGAGAAUUCGGCAACACCCGACGAAGCAUUGCCAUUAAUCUGCCUAUGACGGCCGCCCCAUACCCUAUAACGGAUCUCGUGAUUUAUCCAAUUCAGUAUCACAAGAGUGGUAACCUUCAAAAGACGCUCAUAGAACGAGGCCGCAAGUAUGCGCGGGUGGUGCAGCGCGCUCACAUGGACUACAGAGGGGUGGCGUGGAUUCAGGAUCUCAUUGACCAGACGACGGUACAGACCCACAUCACUGGACGAGUCAUGAUUGACUACGCGCAGUAUACUCGACAGAACCCGUCAUCUGCACCGAACCUCGAAAGCGACCUUGGCAUGGACUUUGAGGAGUGCGAGCUGACGCCACGUUUCUGCGGCAAACAAGGGUGUACUUUCGCAUCCAAGAAAAAGGAUGAGGAUGAGCCCGAGGCGAGCAAUAAGAAGGGUGUGCCGGUGGUCGAGGAGCACACGGCCAAAGAGCUUGAGCCGGAACAGGCGCUGUUGUGCCCGGGACGCGUGAAAGGUUUUGCGCUCACGGACAAAACGUGGGCCGAGUUCCGAGUCGAUGCGCUAGAAGAGAUCAAGUGGAACAACCAGGCUUAUCGGCGGCUCGAGAUGGAUGCCAACACCGAGUCGAUUAUCAAGGCGCUUGUGGAAUCGCACCGGAAGCAUUCGCGUCUCGACGCCGAGGAAUUCGACGAUAUCAUCGCCGGUAAGGGUCUCGGCCUGGUGCUCCUCCUCCAGGGGACCCGCCGGCCUAGGCAAGACGCUCACGGCCGAGUCGGUCGCUGA